UUGUCCAAAAAAUUGUUUGUUCGACAAUUUGAUCUGUAAUCUGGAACUAAUCCACUCACAAUAAACUCCUCCGCGGAACAAACCGACACUCCAGCCGCAGACUCUACGUGUUUUUCUUCGUUCGGCAGCAUUAAAGUCCUCUUUGUCACUGGAUCGUUUCGGGUGGGGUGCUCCAUCUCACCGAGCAUUUCCUCUUUGGCAGCAGACCUACCGUUGAGGCUGGGCUCUGCGCUGGGCUGUGCCUGCUCGUGUGGGAUUCGAGCAGCGGUCGUCGUUGCGGUUCUUCCACUUAGCCUGCUAGCUGUGGACACUUCUCUCUACCCCCCCUCGGGAGAGUCGAAAGCCGCGCAGACACAUAUCAGGGUCCUUUUUGUGAGCACCACUUCUUCCCCUCCUCCCUUUUCCUGUUUUUCUUUUGGUUUCCUUUAAAAAAAAAUUUUGCUUUUAUUUAUUUUUUGUAAAUUGAUUUUGUGCGGAGAGAACGACUUCGCCACCACAGAACUGCGACCAGUUGUUUUGAUGGUCUGGGAUCAGUCUGUACCCACUGACGGACACAAGCCUUGUGGGUAGAACAGAUCACAGGAGGAAACAUGAGCACAGCUAAGCCCAGUGGAAUCAAAGGGCCCAGCAAGAUAGCCAGGCCACCUGGGCCUGGAGCCCCCAAAACCAACCCCAGUGCAGCAGGAGCUAAAGUUGCGGCUGACAAAUCAGCUGCAAGUGCCAGUGGAGGAGAUGCCCAAAAUGCUGAGGAGACCUUCCAGGUUGGGGAGCGGGUAUGGGUGAACGGGAACAAGCCAGGCUACAUUCAGUUUUUGGGAGAGACACAGUUUGCCCCGGGGCAGUGGGCUGGGAUUGUUCUGGAUGAGCCAAUUGGGAAGAAUGACGGCUCGGUGGCAGGGGUGCGCUACUUCCAGUGCGAAGCUCUGCGAGGUAUAUUCACCCGCCCGUCCAAGCUGUCUCGCACAGAGGGGGAGGCUAAUGGAACUCUGACCGAACCGCCUUCCCGCGCCACAUCACCCACGCCUUCAGUUGGUAGCGUAGCCUCUCAUACACCUGCCACAAAAUCAACAAUGCCCUCUACUACCCCGGCAGCCAAGAAGCCCUCCACCACUACAUCAGCGACACCGGCUACUCCAGCCACACCAGCUACGCCAGCUACACCAUCUUCCAACCUUGUGCGCACAAACAGUGAAUCUAUCUCCAACCUCUCAGAGACAGGAUCAGUCAAGAAGGGGGAAAGGGAACUGAAGAUGGGCGACCGUGUAUUGGUUGGUGGUACAAAGGCAGGGGUGGUACGUUUCCUUGGAGAAACUGAUUUUGCCAAAGGCGAAUGGUGCGGUGUGGAAUUGGACGAGCCUUUAGGAAAGAAUGACGGGGCAGUGGCAGGCACAAGAUAUUUUCAGUGCCAACCCAAGUAUGGCUUAUUUGCUCCAGUGCACAAAGUCACGCGCAUCGGCUUCCCCUCCACCACGCCAGCCAAAGCAAAAACGACAGUUCGGAAAGUAGUGGCCACACCAUCAGGGCUGAAGAGAAGCCCCAGUGCCUCCUCCAUCAGUACCAUGAGCUCUGUGGCGUCCUCUGUCAGCGCCAAGCCUAGCCGCACAGGCCUGCUGACAGAAACAUCAUCACGGUAUAAUCGAAAGAUUUCUGGCACUACAGCCCUGCAGGAGGCAUUGAAGGAGAAGCAGCAGCAUAUUGAGCAGCUCAUGGCUGAGAGGGACAUGGAGAGAGCUGAGGUCGCCAAGGCCACGAGCCAUGUUGGGGAGAUGGAGCAAGAAAUUAAUCUGCUCAGGGAUGAUCACGAGCAGAUGGAGACUAAGAUGGAUCAGUUACGUGCCUUGGUAGAAGCUGCAGACAAAGACAAAGUGGAGCUACUGAAUCAGCUGGAGGAGGAGCGUAGGAAAGUGGAGGACCUUCAGUUCCGUGUAGAAGAAGCUUGUAUUACCAAAGGAGAUCUAGAGACGCAGACCAGACUGGAGCAUGCCCACAUUAAGGAGCUUGAACAGAGCCUGCUCUUUGAAAAGACCAAAGCUGAGAAACUCCAAAGAGAGUUAGAAGACACUAGGGUUGCUUCAGUGUCGGAAAGAUCCCGUGUAAUGUAUCUUGAGAGGGACCUUUCACUGCGUACAAGAGAGGUAGCUGACCUGCAGCUGCGUCUGGGAACCGAGCAGGGCUCUGAGGACUCAACUCUUUCUCCUCUCCUGGAAGAGAUAAACUCUCUGAGGGAUCAGUUGGCUGCCCAAGAAGCCAAACAGCAAGAGGAGCUGGCUACAUUCAAGGAGAAGCAAGAUGCUCAAGAGAAGGUCCACAGUAAGGAAGUUGCUCAGCUUCAGGCCACAUCUGUGAGGCUCUCUGGUGACAACGAACAGUUGCAAAUGCGCUUAAGCCAAGCUGAGAAGGAGAACGCAGACAACACUGAACUGUGGCGUUCCAAGUUGGAGUCUGCUGUUGCCUCUCACCAGCAAACCAUGGAGGAGUUGAAGGUGUCCUUCAGCAAAGAUGCAGGUUCCCAGACACAAGAGCUCAUUGAAACCAAAAGUGCACUAGAGACACUGAAGUCAGAGCAGAUGUUGGCUCUGGAGGAGGUGAGAGCCAAACAUGAAGCUAACACUACAGCUUUUACUAAGGAGACGCAGGUACUGAAAGCACAGCUCCUGUCUUUGACCGAAGACAAGGAGCGACUGGAGGAGUUGGCACGGUCCAGCGUUGAAAAAGCAGAGGAGCAGCACCUUGUGGAGAUGGAGGAUGUCCUUGGAAAGCUUCAUACUGCCGAACUUAGGGUUAAGGAGCUUGAGGAGAAAGAAGCAGUGUUGGCACAACAGGCCCAAGACAAGGACAGAGAAACCAAAGACCAGAUGGCAGAACUGGAGGCUCUGCACAGCAAAAUAGCACAAGGUAACCAGGAGGUGGUGACACUGAAGAGUCAGUUAGAGAAGGUUCAGAGCCAAGAAAACAACCAGGGUACCAAGGUUAGUGAGCUGAGCUCUCAGUUGGAAGGUCAGCAGAAAGAAGUCCUCUCUUUACAGCAGACUCUGACCACUGUGAAGCAGAAGAACGAAACCCUUGAACAAGAACUUGGAGGCUUGAAACAAAAGUUGGCUGAAAGCACAGAGGAGCAGACAAAAUCAGCUAAAUCUAUGCAAGAAACACUUGAGAAGUUUAGUAAGAAGGAAGAGCAGUGCACAGCCCUGACCACAGAGUCAGAGUCUUUAAGAAGUCAACUUGCCGGGCUGGAGAGGAAGCUGAAGGCUGCAGAUGAAAAGCUGGAGCAGCUUUCAAAGGACAAAAGCAAGCUGGAAAAUGACAUUUCAGAAAUGAUGACAGCAUCUGGGGACAGUUCAGUACAGCUGACCAAAAUGAAUGAAGACCUCAUUCACAAAGAAAGGAGGCUUGAAGAGUUACAGAAUCAACUUGUAGAGGAGAAGGAGAAGGUGGCACACUUGGAUGAAAAAAUCCAGCAGGAACUUUCCCGCAAAGAGCAGGAGCUGAAAGAGAGCAACGACGCACAUAACUCUCAAAUGAAAGACCUUCAGGAAAAAAAUGAUAGCUUGGUAAGUAUUGUGGCAAUCACUUUAACAAUACUGAAAAUGUUCCACCUUUUUUUCCUUAUUGAUGUUGGUCUAAGCUGUGGUGUGGUCUUUGAGUUUUUGAUGCUUCUGCAGCUUAACCUUUCCAAAUGCAUAUCACUUAUGUUCAUAUCUGCUUGGUUUAUUUUUUAUAUUCAUCUCCCUGUACAUAUAUUCCCCACCUUUUUUCCCAUUCAUCUUUAUCUUCUCCAGUGCCUUUCUGCUGAGCUUGACUCCUGCAAGCAUGAUGUUGAACAAUUGUCGAAAAAACUGGAAAAGCAGAACCUAGAUCUGGAAAAGGUGUGUAAGGAAAGUGAGGAUGUUAAGGCUGAGAGAGGAAAACUGGAGACACAGCUUUCAGGAUUGCAGACUAAGCUCUCUGCCCUUGAGGUUACUCACCAGGAGCUUUCACUCCGGAAUGAAGAACUGCUAAUAACCAGAGAUGAGCUCUCAAAACAUCAAGAAGAGUUACUCACCAACAACAAGCACUCGGAUGAGGAACGAGUUUCAUUGAACACAGAGUUGGAGAAGCUCAGAGAUCUUCUUCAGCAAGUGCAGACUGAAAACCAGAACCUGACGCGUACUAAAGGUGAACAAAUAGCCCAAAUCGAGGAGCUUCAAAGCCAAAAUGCAGGAAAGAACGACUUGCUCCAAAAGCAUCAGCAGGACAUUGAGCAACUUCAGGCUAAAAAGAAGCAACUGCUUGAGGAUUAUGAAAACGUCUGUAAAGAGAGGAGCCGGCUGGAAGAGGACUCCAAUGAAAGCAGGUCAAAGCUCACAUGUGAGAAGGACGAUCUCAUUUUGGAGAGAGAUGCUGCUAGAAAUGCCAAAAAGUCUCUUGAUGCUAAGAAUGCUGAACUGCAGGAAAAACUCAAAUCUUUGAACUUGGAAAAAGAAGAUCUUACAAUGAAGAAUACCCAGUUGCAGGCACUCACAGAAACACUGACAAAAGAGAAGGUGGAGAUGUCCUCGGAAAUCAGUGCCUCUGUGUUGGAUAAAAAGAGCCUGGAGACAGUGAAGGAAGAGCUCCAGAAUAAGCUUGCUGUUACAAAGAAAGACCUGGAGAGUUCUGUCCGUGAAUGUGAAGAACUGAAGGCCUCAAAAAAGAGCCUGAGCCAGAUGCUGGAGGAGUUCAAGACAAGCAGUCAGGUGACCGAUUCUGAGAGACUCCACCUUCUGCAGGAGAAAGAAGACCUGCUUGCAAUCCAAAGAAAAGUCUGUAAUGAGAAGGAAGAGCUCCUCAGAGAGAUGGAAGAAUUAAAGGAAAAGCUUCAAACUUCAACAGAACAACAGUCUCAGUCCAAUGAAAAAUAUAAAGAAGCAUCUGCAUCCUUUGAGCAAGAGAGGCAAGUGUUUCGCCUUCAGAAUUCUGAAACUGAGAUGGCUCUGCAUGCAAUUCGAAAGGAAAAGAUGAGCCUGGAUUCAGCACUAGAGCAGCAGAAAAUGGAUUAUGAGCGUUUGGCAGGGGAGAAAGGAGAGCUGGAGGAGAAACACACCAAGGCCACAUCUGAGAAAGGUGUUCUUUCUCUUGAGCGUGAUAAGCUGGCUAGUGAUAUUCGUUUAGCUAAGGACCAGUUGGACAGUUACUCCAGAGCUAAUGCCGAACUUAUUCAAGAGAAAUCUCAUUUAUCAACAUUGCUAGAGGAAAACAAACAGCGAAAAGAUGAAGUUGAAGCGGAGCUGACCUCUCUGAAACGAGAAAAGGCUGAACUACAGAAUGAACUCCAGAAAAAAAUCUUUGAUAUUGACAUUCUUGAGAAGGGCAAAAGUGAACUUGUUCAAGAACAUAAUAAAAUAAAAAUGGAUUUUGAGAAGACUAAUUUAGAACAUGUGCAACAGCUGGAUAACCUGACGAAAGAUGGUCAUCGUCUGCAGUCGCUGCAAACUGAAGCUGACAAGAAAGUGCAGUCUUUGCAAAAAGAGAACCAGGGGCUGCUUCAGGAGAUCCAAGAGUUAAAAGCUCAAACUGAGUCGAUGGCAGAGGCAAAGCAGCUUCUUGAGACUCGGCUACAAGCUGAAUCCAGUGAACGGACGAAAGAGAUGUCCGAUAAGGAUGGUCUUUCCAAACAAAUCGAUGAACUCCAGAAAACAUUGUCCAAAGUUAAACAAGAAAAUAAAGAGAUUUCUUCAAACCUUGAGAAUGCUGAUGAGCAAAACAAGUCUUUUAUUGUGGAUAUGGAGGCUUUGAAACUACAGUUAAAGCAGCGAGAGCAAGAAACCAGUCACUUCACGGAAGAUAAGGAACAGUUAUUAUCUAAGCUUGAGGAGAUGGGCAAACAGAUUACCCUCUUGACCACAGAGAAAGAGGACCUUUUAGCUGCACAGUGUAAACUAGAGCAGGAUGUUUCAUCUCUCCGUGCCAACAAAGAAAAUUGGCUCGCAGAACAAUCAAGGCUGCUCGAAGAGUUGGAGAAGUUGCAGGUUAGCCAGACACAAUUGGAGGUUGAUGUCAAGGCCCUACAAACUGAUAAAGAAGUUUUGGAAAAGCAGUACAGUAAUGCCGUCGCAGAGGUUUCAGCUUCUGCCGCAGUAAAAGAAGAAAUUUCCUCCAGUGUCUCGGAGUUAACAUCUCAGAAGAAUUCCCUGCUGGUGGAGAGAGAUGAAGCCAUCCAGGAAGUCAGACAGCUCCAGUCCCAACUAAAAAAUGUCAUUUCUAAGCAGCUUGAGGCUACAGAGGCCUCUGGCAAGACUGCUGAGGCUCUCGAACAGCUGGCAAAAGAGAAGGACAGUUUGAUUCAGGAGAAGAACGAAGCCACGUCUUUGCUGGUUGAGCUGCGCAGCUCCAAAAAGGACACCGAAACUCAGCUGGAAACACUGAAAAAGGAGAAUUCCAAGCACCAAGAGGAUCUGAAGAUUUCCAAAGAUCAGCUUCAGACAGAAAGUCAGAAGAUCAAGAGUCUAUACCAGGAAAUUGAGGAGCUUAAAGAGGCGGUUUCUGUGAAGUCGCAGUCCCUGCAGACUCUGCAGGAUGAAAACAACAAGCUGACUCAGGAGCUGGAUACAAAUAACAAAGACCAGAGUGAUCUUGCGAAGCUCAAAGAUGGGCACACAAAACUCAAAAAGCAGUUGGGGGAGCUGAAGCAAAGCCUGCCAUAUAAUGCCUUCAGUGAGAGCACUUUGAAGGAGCAGUUGGACAAGGAGAAGGCCGCCCUCCAACAGUCCAUCCAUAAAAACAGUGCCUUAAUCUCAGAAAAGGACCAGCAGGUGGAAAACCUGAGGAGCGAGCUGACUGCACUGCGCGGGGAAAGUGUCUCAGCUAAGACACUCCAGGGAACAAUUCAAGCCUUGGAGCGGGACAAGGCCAAUCUACAGGAGCGUGUUCAGAGACUGGAGAAGGACCUGGCUGCAGGGCCUGAAAACAUCAACGACUCGACAGGUGAUGCUGUUUUGGACCAGUUAAAAGAGGAUAAGGAGACUGCGGACGGUCAGGCAGCGAUUGAGUUCCUGAAUUCAGUCAUCAUCGACCUCCAGAGGAAGAACGUGGAGCUCAAGGACAAGCUGGAGAAAAUGGCAGCUGCUGCUCUGAAUGGGAAUAAUCAGAGUGAGCUGGAUAACUACGGCGGCCAUGGACAGGAACCCAUGAAGAAGAAGCUGCCCCCGAGGCUGUUCUGUGACAUCUGCGACUGCUUCGACCUCCACGACACCGAGGACUGUCCCACACAAAUGCAGAUGCCCGACUCGCCCCCACACACCACCUACCACGGCAGUAAGGGCGAUGAACGGCCCUACUGUGACAUCUGUGAGGUCUUUGGCCACUCGACCGAAUCCUGUAACGACGACCAGACCUUUUAAAGCCUUUUAAACCCUCGUUCGCACAAUCACUCUAUUUGCACAUGGUGUUAGAUAAGGCAGUCCUUUUUGGGUUUUAAUUUGUGCGUGUGUGCAUCUCAGUGUGCUUGUUUUUGCAAAGCGUCUUUAUCGUCCACACCAGCCCUCAAGCGCUCUUAUAGGUGAACGGCCUCCUCUCUUUAUACUUCAGACAUACCGAAAAAAACAGUGUUUGUGAGUGUGGAGGAGAGAGGUUGGAUAUCCUGGGUUUGUGUGAGUCAGGGGAUCUUUUGGAUGGACAUAUUAUUGUGGGAGAAGCGAUGGUCUGCGGAUCAUUUAAUUUAUCAAUAUCCUAACAUUGUUUGCACAGUUUGUCGGGGGGGGGGUUACAAAGAUAAUAUACUAUCAUUAAAGGUCUUUAUUUGAAACUGUAAAUUACUUGAUUAAAAAGUAUCAAUUUGUGCAAAAAUGGGCGAGCUAUAGUUUAUUUUUUUAUGCCUGGAAAUACUACGUGCUCUUUUCUGGUUUGAUAGUAUGUGUGUCAUUUUGUGAAAGGAGGGUUAUUGCUCGGUCUUGCCUGAAGUGGAGACGUGGAACCAAUGCUGUCAAACUCUGAGACAAACUUUUUUAUGGUCGUCAUGAAUGGGACUGUUGGAUGAUGGGUAAGAAAGAAGCUCUUCACACUUACUGUACACCUUCAGCUCCAGUGAAAUGGCCUUUUCCAAAGCGUUUCUUUUGCAAUUAUUCGAUCAUUUCUGUAUCAAACGAUGAAAUACUUUCUUUAAAAAAUGUUUUGAAUAUCUGUGUAAAAUAAAUGAAAUGUAUGUAUAAAUUAAAAAUCGAACA